AUUCUAAAUUUAGUCAAGUAUUCAUACACCUGUGAUUUUUUGUUUAGGAUUUGCCGACAGAAUAGGGGUGAUACAACAAACAAGACAGGAUGACAGACCAGGCAUUCAAAAACAUAAAAGCUAACACCCAACAGUUUUUGAUAUGGCGUGUAGAGAAAAUGCAAGUGGUUGCAGUGCCUAAGCCACAGUAUGGUCAGUUUUACAAGGGAGAUUCUUACAUCAUAUUAUCACUAGCAGCAACAGGGAGACGGAGAGGAACGGGUGUUCAGGUAAAAGAUGGUAAAAAAGGUUUAGAAGCACACAUUCACUUUUGGCUUGGUAAAGAAACAUCACAAGAUGAGGCUGGUGUGGCUGCCAUCAAGUCGGUGGAGCUGGAUGAUUUUCUUGGAGGUAGUCCAGUACAGCAUAGGGAGGUUCAGGGGUGUGAAUCCAAUCGCUUCAUGUCUUAUUUCAAGAAUGGAAUCAAAUAUAAUGAUGGUGGUUUUGCGUCAGGAUUUAACCAUGUAGAUCAUACUUUCAAGAAACGUCUGCUUCAUUUGAAGGGAAAACAGCAUGUGAGAGUGACAGAGGUUGAUAUGGCAUGGAGUUCAUUCAACAGUGGAGAUGUGUUCAUAUUAGAUCUUGGCCAGAUGGUGUUUGUGUGGAAUGGAAAAGAAAGCAGUAGAACAGAGAAGUUUAAGGGUUUGGAACAAGCACGCCACUACAGAGAUGAGAGGAGCAAGGUGAACAUUGUAUGUGUUGAUGAAGGUGAGGAGAAUGACAUGGCACCAAAUGAAGUGAAGAUGUGGGAUGCUCAUCUUCCGUUGGCAGAAAAAAAUGUCCAGCCUGCAAGUGCAGCUGGUUCUGAUGUAUCUGCUGAAAAGAGUGAAGCAAAAAUAUUAAAAUUGUACAGAUGCACUGAGGAAGAAGGGACAUUAAAAGUGUCAGAAGUCAAAUCAGGACCACUGGUGAAGGCAGAUCUCGAAUCCUGUGAUUCAUACAUCAUAGAUAAUGGUGCUGCAGGAAUAUGGGCCUGGAUUGGUAAAGGCUCUACUAAAAAAGAAAAAAGUGAGGCCAUGAGAAAUGCUUUGGGAUUCAUCAAGAAGAAGAGCUAUCCAAACAGCACGAGUGUCACGAGGGUUAUUGAAGGUGGAGAGCCCACAGAUUUCAAGUGCCUUUUCAAAUCCUGGCCAAUGCCAGUAGCCACAGGGAAGGCAUACAACAACAAUAGAAUAGCUAAGACAGUACAGACAAAGUUUGAUGCAAGUACAUUACACAGUAACACAGCACUAGCUGCCGAGACACAGAUGGUAGAUGAUGGGUCAGGGAAAACUGAAAUCUGGCGUGUGCAUGACUUUGAUCUACAACCUAUAUGUAUGAAGGAAAUUGGUCAGUUCUAUGGUGGAGACUGCUAUGUGAUAUUGUACACAUACCUAGUUAAUGGGAGAGAAAAUUACAUCAUCUACUACUGGCAGGGUUUGAAGUCUAGUACUGAUGAGAAAGGAACAUCAGCACUGAAGGCUGUUGAAUUGGAUGAUAAACUUGGUGGUGCAGCUGUUCAGGUACGAGUGGUCCAGGGUAAAGAACCUAAUCAUUUUAUGUCAAUGUUUGAUGGAAAAAUGAUCAUCUUCUCUGGAGGCCAUGCUGGUUGGUCUGGCGGCCCGAGUAGUGAUGGUCCGGGUGACUCCUAUAUGUUACAAGUACGCGGGACAAAUAUGUACAACACUAAAUCAAUACAAGUACCAAUGGAAGCAGCUUCACUCAACUCUAAUGAUGUGUUUGUGGUUUUCACUGCAAAGGGUGCAACGUACAUCUGGUGCGGAAAGGGCAGCACAGGUGAUGAAAGAGAAGCAGCCAAAAAUGUAGCAGGGAAGAGGAAAAGGGAAAUCAUCAUAGUGAUUGAAGGUCAGGAGAAACAGGCAUUCUGGGAUGCUAUUGGUGGUAAAGGCGAGUACAUUAGUGACAAACGUCUGCAAGACCCAGAGUCAGAGCAUCCCCCUCGUCUCUUCCAGUUAUCUAAUGCUUCUGGACAAUUCAAAUGUGAGGAAAUACCAGACUUUAUUCAACAAGAUUGUGUUACAGAUGAUGUCAUGAUGUUAGAUGUUUGGGAAAGCAUUUAUUUAUGGAUUGGUGAAAAUGCUCGUGAUGAAGAGAAAAAGGCAGCAGAGACAUUAGCAAUGGAAUAUGUAAAAACUGACCCAACAGAAAGAGAUCCUGAUACAACAAUUUACAGAAUCAAACAGGGCUGCGAGCCUCCAACAUUUACUGGAUGUUUUGGUACCUGGGAUCCUGAUUUCUUCAAGAAAUCUUUAGAUUACAAAGAGUAUGGACAACAACUUGCUUCUGGUAAUGAUGCAGUCGUUCUUGUUCAAGAGAAUAUGAAUGCCAAUGGUGGAGAAAAUUUUGAAGAGAUGACUAAAUAUCCCCUGGCAGAUUUACAGGUUAAUACAGAAGAACUACCUGGUGGAGUUGAUCCUAAAUGUAAAGAGAUGUACCUGUCAGCAGACGAGUUUAUGAAAACCUUUGGAAUGACCUACACAGAAUUCUUAGGUAAACCUUUGUGGAAACAACAUGCCAUGAAAAAGUCAGCAAAAUUGUUUUGAGUUGCCACAGCAACAUAACUGGAUCAUUUUAUAUGGACAUAGAAUCAUAUAUAAUAUUACAGGGGUAAAUUAGUGUAAAUGAUAUUUUUAAACAAGAAUAGAUAUUGACGAUACAUUUUAAACUGUAUUCAUGUCAAAAUAAUACAAAAUAUUUCAGAAACCUUGUUUUAAGAAUUUGACUAAUGUGUCCUGGAAUAAGAACACCCCAAAAUCAAAGAGGGGAUUUUGUCUGCCAUUGUGAGGGGGUUGUUCUACAUUCCUGUCAUCAGUUCAGACACAACAUACUACAAAAUGAAAAUAUAAAAUAGACAUUAGUGAAAAAAUAAUUGCCGAGGAGUAGAUGUUUGUACAAGGGUAGCAAGAGAUGUGGUCUGUCUGUUGAAACACAUUCACAAAAGUUUUAAUCCAUUUAUUGUACACUGUUAGUAACUGAAAAAUAUCACUCAGUUGUCAUCUUUAGCUUUAUAUUACCAAUAAAUUUAAUCAUUAUAUGUUAUAGCUACACAAGGUUUCUGAAAUAUGUCUGCAAUAAGGUUAGUGUUAAAUUUUGUGAAAGCACCUCAUAUCAUAAACAUUUUAUUGUUGAAGCUCGUUAUUAUUUUUUCUUUUUAAUUUUGUUAUUUUUUACUGGUUAUGGAAUUCAAAGUUAUAUUUAUAAUUGUUGUGGUUGUUUAUUACAUUCCAAAUAUGAAGGGUGGCACCUAUUUAUGGGUCCCAUAUUUUUCAUACCACUUUGCUUGUUUAUGACGAUAUAGUUGUACUAGAUAGUAGAUUUAGCAGCUUUUUCUAGUAGAUUUACAAAGCCAAUAGAUCUGAUGUUUUUUGCAAUCAAAUGUUUAUUUUUAUAUAGUUAGUGCGUAUAUGUAGUAGUGUUAGGCAAAUGUGUUACAUUUUUUUAUUAACAUUAUGCCUAAAAAAAUUGUUUCCGGUAUCCCGAACUACCCUAAAUUUUUGGCCCGACCCUAAAUCUCUUUAUGGCCUUAAGAGAUUUUGUUUUUUUUUUAACUUUUUAACAAAAAGUUGCAAAACUGCAGUUUUUAUGCUUCAAAUAUGGUCAGUGGUGUUAGAAAUCAACUUACUGAUGCUCUAAAGGCACAACCCCCUUACUUGUAUUUAUUUUUUGACACAAAAAUAAUUUCCAAGAAGUCUCACAUCAAAAAAAAAAAAUUUACCAACCUACCUACCAUAAUUUUUUUGCACAUGUUACCGGAAACAAACAAUUCUUUUUAGGCCUUAUGACAUUCAACCAGAAUGAUAUAAUAAAAACUAAUGAAUGUUUAGUAUUAACAACAUUCUAGAAAAAAGAAAUAUUAAAAAACAGAUUUUAUAUCCAACAAAUGUCACUGUGCGUAAACGUGUUUUUAAAAAUGUGCAUAACUUUUCCCUCCUCUGUUAUGACCGUCACUGAUUAUUGAACAUAUCAGUUAUAUAGAUAUUAUUUAAAACUCUAUAUUAAAACAUUCUUUUUUGCCAUUUACAUAAUAUAUGCUAGUAACGUGCAAAAGUGUAAUUAAGUUUGUUAUAACAAUACUGUCUGUGAACCUAUAGGGUUGCCUAUAUUGGCAAUUCAAUGUAGGGAAAGUUUCAACAAAACUAGCAUUAAUCGAGGGUUGAAUGCAAUACUGCCGUAAGUCCUUUAUUUAACAGGAGUUACUACAGUAUUGCAUUCAGCCCUCGAAUUUUGUGCUAAGGCAGAGAGAAAGUGUAACUUUAGAGAGACAAAAUAGUGUCCCAGAUUUAUGUGCUAUUUCAUUGUUUUAUUGAGAAAACAAUAGUUAAUUAUAGAAAUUUUUUAGAUACUUAGUUGGGUAUUUUGUAGUACUAGUACUUUUAUGAAUUUUCUUUGCUGAACAAGUAGUUUUAGCUUUAUAUAAGUUGAGAGAUUAUGUCAUUGUACGAGUGUUAACUAUAUAGGCCUACAUGCUACCCUUUCCUUGAAAUCUUUGCGAAUGUAUGCUGUCUUAACUCCAAACAUUGGCAUGGGGAAAGUUUUACAGAAUUCCAGUGGCGGUCAGAGGCCAUAUAUGCAGAACAUGUAAAUCUUUCGAGAUAGCAUGCAUGAAAAAAGAUGUUUUUCCUUUAAAAUAAACUGAAAUGGAUCAAACUCUGCAGAAAAUCUGCUGUGAAACAAAUGAUAGGUAUGGGAAACAGGUGCUAAGGGAAGCUACUCUGUUUGACUCUUGUAAAUGUCAAAUUUGUAAAUCGUUACGAGAAGCAACAAAAAAUAAAAGAUUUUAAAUGCAGAUUUAGACACUCCCGAGUUAAAAAAAGAUGAUACAAUCAAACAGACAUUGGGGAGGGUUAAGGAAUGUAAACAAACAUGGCAAAUGAUGGAAGAAACCAAUCAUGACAUUGUAACAGUAUUAAAACUUCAUUCUAAUGACCAAAAAAUUAACAUUGUUUUUCUCGAGCUCCCAGGGGGCUUCAUUCCCUCUUCCCUAUUACAACUCCCAGUGGCCUUCACUCCACCUCCCCCCAUACCGAGGCUUUGCUCUUGAUCAACUAGUGGCCUUGAGGAUCCCCAGCUCAAGUUUCAUUCAUGCACUGGCUUCAAUAAUAUGACUGGGAGUGAAUAUACAUUGUAUAUUAUGUAGGCUUUAUACAGAGUUCCCACUGCAAUAAAUUUAUCAAUACUGUAUAAACUCAUUCAACUAGCAAUGUAGCAUUGUUCAGCAAAUGAAUCAUUUCUCUGUCAUAGCAUUCCAUAACAUUUUAGUAAAUAUGUUGGUAUAAACAUUUUCUCCUUCUCAGUAACUACAUUUUGCCUUGUUCCUUCUGAUUGCCAUUUGAUAUUUGUGAACUCUGUAUAUACUCUGUGAAUUGCUCAAAGGAAACUACAUAAACUUACAUUAUUUAUUUGGGAAAUUUGUAUGCCAUGCAAAUUAAACCUAUUUCUAAUUAGUUGUACAUAUUUCAUCAAAUAAGACAAAAUAUAUGUAUCUUAAAUACACUGUCAAAUUAUAAAGUGUUACAAAAUUUAGAAAUAAGGACUAUUUACCGUAAAAAUGUAUGAUUAAACAAAUUGGUAUUAUAAUUAUAUUGAAUAACUGGAUAAGUUUCAGUAAUUUUUAACUUUGAUUUUUUAUGGCCACAUUGUCAAAGACCAGAAAGGCGUAUAGUGAUUUAACUGUCUGUCAGUCCGUCUGUCUGUCUUCCAGACUCUCGUGUAGUGUUUAGUUUGGGUCCUUUUUGGACAUUGAAAUAUUACAACUACACCAAAACAUUGUGAACUCGGCUUCUCUUACAGUUUCCAUACAAUUGAAAUGAAACUUGGUAUACAUGAUAAACAUAAAGUAGACAUGCACAUAUUUUAGGGCUUUUAAUGUCUGGUUAUUUUUUCUGGAGGAGCCUCCGUAGCCGAGUGGUUAAGGUCACUGACUUCAAAUCACUUGCCCCUAUCAAUGUGGGUUCGAGCCUCACCCAGGGUGUUGAAUUCUUCAUGUGAGGAAGCCAUCCAGCUGGCUAACGGAAGGUCAGUGGUUCUACCCAGGUGCCCAGUCGUGAUGAAAUACUGCACAGAGGUGCACCUUGGGUCUUCCUCCACCAUCAAAGCUGGAAAGUUGUCAUAUGACCUGUGUUGGUGCGAUGUUAAACCAAACAAAAUAAAUAUUUUUUCCUGGAGUUAUCUGUUGCAGAAUUUAUUUAUCAUUCUGACAAGCAUUUUCAAGGGGCAUGUGUCAUACAUUAUUGAUAUCAUUCUUGUUACUUUUAUUUACAGAAGUAAUAUUGCUACUUUGAUUUGUUUUCUCAAUACUUUCUGCUUUUAAAGUGUACUAAUAUUAUUAUACCAUGUAACACUGUUGCCAGCAACUGUAUUUAUAUUGAUCUCGCAGUGUUAACUGUAGCCAGCAACUGUGUUUAAUUGAUCCAGCAGUGUUUAUGUAGUAUUGGUAGUAACCUCUCUAUUGGUUUUUACAUAAAGAUAAGUUUGGACUGUUUUACAAAAGCAGAUUUUAUUUUCAGUUUAAAGGUUAAACCAGGUUCCAUUUUUCUUUUAUGAGUGAAACUAACUUUUGGCAUGACAAUGUUUUUCAGAUACUCUGUAGAAUAGAGAAGAAAAUGACCAGACAUUCUACAAUAGUAUUUUCAAUAUUUCUAAAUUGCAUUUUAAAUAAACUUUCACUCUUUAAUUUGACAAAACUCUGCAUUAUUCAUAAAUAUUUCACUGGUUCCAUGUCUGUUAAGAUUUAAGGUUAUUUGUGUUACUUUUACAGUUAUAGCAUGAUGUUAAUGAAAUAUCAGCUUUUUUUUUCAUUUAUCAGAAAAUACUCCAGUAUCUGUUUUUUUUUUCUAAUUGAAUCAAAAUUAAGCAAUGUUACAUGCAUGAGAAAAUUUAGAAUACAUGUAUUGCUUCUUAAUAUUUAUUCUGUAUUAUGUAUUUAGAUUCUUGUAUUCUACUUGUACUAUAUGGAGUUUAUAUUUUGCCUGUAUAUCUGUUUUGCAUACAUUUAUAGCUGUGAUCUAAGAAUUUUUGUCUCAAAUAAAAUAAGUUCUAUUUCUUGUUAUCUACACAUUGCAACAUUGUACUCCUAGAAUGAACCAGUCUUGCAAGAUACAGCAGAAUCUACAUACUCUAGGGUUACCGUAGUUCGUUCAUGAUUUAGGAUUGAAAAUUAGUCACUGACACUAAACAAUGAAAAUUAAACAUAUCAAAUAGAAUCAUUAUAGAAGUUUCUUGUGAUAUUCACUAAAAUAAAAACAAACUUUGAUAACCCACAAUUUGAUUUUGGAAAAAAUACCCCAAUGUAUUGUAUGACCAGGUUUUAUUACAGCCUAUACAACAGUCACUAAUAAACACAUUAUUUAAGACAUGCAUGUACAGGUUAUCACUGAUAAACUCUAUCUUUUACACAUUUGUGAAUAAGCUAUCACUGAUAAACACUAUUUUAGACAAAAGUGAACUAGUUGUCAGUGAUAAACACUUUAUUGUAGAUAUGAAUGGGUAAGUUAUCACUGAUAAACACGAACAUUUUAAAUAUUCACAGUCAUAAUAACAAAACAUUAUUUACAUACAGUAUAGACAGAGUCUAACACUUGGUGUAAUAUUCAUAGAAUGUCAUGUUCUGCUGUAUUGUCUAUAUGCUUUGACUUUGUUAUAUAUUUGUGACUUCUAUAUCACCUUGGCAAUAAAUUUAUAUAUAACA